UUUUUUUUACUUUUACUUUUACUUCUUUUUUUUUUUUUUUUUACUUUAAUUUCAAUAUGAAGUGGUUGACCAUUAGCUCCUUGGUCGCUAUGGCAACAGCUGCUGUACAAGCUGAUGUUCAGUAUGCUGUUGUUGCUUUCCCUCCUAAUGGUGCAGGUGUUGCUGUAUCUGUCGGUGGACAAAAUCACGCUCUUACUGCCGAUUCUCAAGUACCCAAUCUUUUCAAGGGUUCAGCUCCCAGUGGCGAUAGUUAUCAAUAUGUUAUCACCAAUGGUCAAAACAAUAGUCCUGAAGUGCCCAAACGUACUUUGGCUCAAGGUGCUACUUCUACUGGUAAUGAAUUUUUCAAUCGUACCCAUACUAUUGUUGAUGUCCCUGCUUUACCUCAAGCUUUUAAUCCUGUUUAUCCUCCUCUUUUCACUACUUUUAACAAAUCCAAUGAAGUUGCCACCAUUAUUCUUCAAGUUAAUUCUAGUGCGUUUGAUGCUUUAAUCAAGGCUCCUCAACAAAAACUUAAAGCUCAAGUUAACUCUUUCGCAUAUAUCAGCAACCAAGAAGUUUACACCUUUGCCAAUACUCCUAGUAUCCAAACUUCUGGUCAAUCUACAAAGGACUUUGCCAAACAAUCUUAUUCAAUUGACUUUAAUGACUUUGCUCCCAAGGGUUCUCAAAAGUCUUUGUUUUUGGGUCGUACUGAGGUCAAGUUACGAGCUGAAGCUACUGACCCUACUCAAGUUCGUGAAAAGUUAUACUUGGAUUGUCUUGCUGCUGCUGGUGCCACUACUUUAUCUGGUAGUUUUGUCCGUGUUUUUGUUAACAACGAACCCUAUGGUCUUUAUACUUUGAUGGAUGAUGCUUCUACUCAUUUGAUCGACAAUACUGUUCAUAGUGGAAACUGGAAAUAUGAAUCUACUGGUGUUACUUAUAAGGGUAACGCUCUCUCUCCUACUGAAGAAGGCAACCUUGCAUAUCUUGGUGAUGAUCAAACCAAAUACUCUGCUGAUCUGUACAAGUUAGUCGAUGGUGGUGAACAAAAUACAGUUACCAAGAAGAAUAAUACUUUUGCUCCUUUGAUUGAUUUUACCAAACGUCUUUCUCAAAUCAACCCUUCUCAAAUUACUGAUGGUAACAACAAAGAUGUACCUGCUUUACUUGAUCCUCAAAAUACUAUGGUUGCUUUGGCUAUGAAUUAUUUGACUGAUUCAUGGGAUGGGUUAUGGUACCAAGCUAGUAAUUAUUAUUUGAAUCAGGAUUUGAAGACCAACCAAUGGGUUAUUAUUUCUUAUGAUUUUGAUGAAACUUUUGGUAACGGUGCUCAACAAGGUCGUGACAGUGUCCCUUAUGGAAAUUAUAGUCGUCCUGGAUCUACUCGUCCUUUGGUAGAUCUCUUCCUUAGUUCUCCUUACUAUAAAUCUCAAUUCGAAACCAUUCUCAAGACUCUUGUCAAGCGAUUCUUCAAUCCUCGUGUGAUUCAACCUCGUCUUGAUGCCUGGGCCACUCUUUUGAAGGAAGAUAUUGAAUGGGAUUAUUCUAUUCCUGGUCAUUCUCCUGGUACUAAAGUUACUUUUACAGUUCAAAACUUUUUGAACAAUCUCAAGACCACUGAUAGCGGUAUGGAAGGCAUCAAUGAAUGGGUCACCAACCGUUCCAAGUCUUUGACUCAACAACUUCAAUUCACCGAUGCUGAUGAUCUUCCUGCUCUUGGUCCUUACAAAGAAGGAUCUCGUUUAGAUAGCAAGGGUAACGUGGUUCCCAAUGAUGGUAGCAGUGUGUCUCCUGGUGGCUCUUCUGGCAAUGGCAACGGUGGCAAUGGUUCUACCAGUGGUGCUAUCUCCUUGACUAGUUCAUCAUCCUUGUUCCUUGGCUCCAUCAUCAUGAUGUUGGUUGGUACCUUUAUUCUUUGAAUAUGAUCCCUCCUUUUUUUUUCUCUCUUUUUUUUUUUUUUCUUUCUCUCAUCCUCCUUUCCUCCCCUAUCAUUUCUUAUUUUUAUUAGUACUAUACUUUUUUUUUCUUCUUCUUCUUGUCAUCAUAUUAUAUAGUUUUACUUCUUUUAUAUACUAUUAUUUCUCUCUUAGUUUCUUAUUCGCCAUUACUUGUUUUAUUUGUAAAAGUGAUUGUCUACCUAGAACAAUAAAAAAUCUCUUUUUUUUUUCUUA